CUUGAUUCAUGACACGCAUCUGGACCUGUAACUUCGGCCUGUCACUGACACCGCGCCGUCGUUUGAUUCACCCGCCCAGCAUCAAUCCCAAACCGAACACAGUUCUCUGAUGGUGUGCCCAGCCCCUCCAUGUUAUUAGCGAUUACUUGGAUGCUGCAACCUCGGACUUCAUUUUGAUCAUCAUACUCAUCAACAAUCAUCAUCAUGGCACAGAAGACUAUUCUCAUCACUGGAUGCUCAGACGGUGGCCUCGGCUCGGCGCUCGCUCUGGCCUUUUCCAAGGCCGGUUGGCGUGUCUUCGCCACCGCCCGCAACCCAUCCAAGUUGGAGCAGACAACCGCUGCGGGCAUAGAGGCCUUGUCGCUGGACGUAACGUCCAAGUCAUCCAUCUCAGAGUGCGUCUCGCGCGUUGGCCAACUUACCGGCGGGUCCUUGGACGCGUUGUUGAACAAUGCCGGCGCCGGCUAUUCGAUGCCUCUCAUGGACACGAGCCCGGAACAGACACGAAGUGUGUUCGAGCUGAACGUCAUCUCGCUCAUCUGCACCACGCAAGCCUUUCUCCCACUGCUCCUUCAGUCCGAUGGCGGGAUGGUCAUCAACAACACCUCCAUCUCCUCGGUGGGGGGAAUGCCAUGGCAGGUUAUCUACAAUGCGUCCAAAGCGGCGGCGGCCUCUGUCACGACGGGAAUGCGACUUGAGCUCGCGCCCUUCGGGAUCAAGGUCAUCGACCUCAAGACGGGUACAGUCACAUCAAAUUUCAUCCAAAACCUCCCUCCAGCUGUACUUCCCGCCAAGUCUCUGUACGGAAUCGCGAGAAAGGAGGUUGAGAAAGUGAUGUCGGCCGAGAAGAUCCGAAAGGAGGGAACGAGUGCCGACGCUUGGGCGGAAGCGGUGGUUGUGGAGGUUACGAAAUCUAAGCCCAAGCUUUGGAUUUGGAAAGGGGCGAACUGCUUCUUUGUUUGGUUUGUCUCAACAUUCUUGCCCGUCGGAUGGUUUGAUGGAAUUAUGAAAAAGAUGGUCGGAUUGGACAUUGUGGAGCAAAGAGUGAGAGCGCUGGGAGGUCCGAACAAGUUGAAAGUGUUGUAAUUAGUAGGACUUGGAUGAGAGCUCAACAGACAUACAGAUUUCGUAGUUC